UCUAGACAGAGCUCGACUCAUCUAACUCGUAUCACCCCAAACAUUCACUAAACCGUUUAAAAUAUCGAAACGAGGCAUUAGGCAUACAGUAGUAUUCAGGGGAUAAGUAUUUUUACUACACGACGUUCUAGAUAGUUAUUCAAUUAUUCUAUCAUAGUAUCGAGGAUUGGGUGAGAACUCUGAGACUGUUUCGAAACAGAUCGAUAAGACAGCCACAUUUUCGUUGAAUGAAAGAGGUCUUUUGCUACAACUAGUUUCAAAUCGAAGCCCAUUUUCACGUGGCAACAUACAUAUCUUAAGGAAACCUCAUAUUUUUCGCAUCAAAUAAGAUGUUCCUUAUAUAUAUCAACACCGUGUACAAUUUUCGUGCAAUGUACCUUGCUAAACAUGUUUGUACCCUCCACUGUUUUAUAGUUUUCAUUAAAAAAAGUACUUUAACCUCAUGACAAAACUGUACAAUUUGCGUUAGGUGUGGCUACUGCUCUCUGAAGAUAGACAUGGAGCAGCAAGUUACGGAAGAACAACCCGUUCAUUUAACGAAAAGUUUUAGUACCCCGUCUCAUUGGCCUACUCUUUUUGUCAAUCAAGAUAUAGAAGUAACCUUCACACUGAAGCUGUUCUCAAGAAAAUAUGUAAAUUUCGUAUCCAAAGUCUGCUAACACAUCACUGCUCCGAUGUAUUAGCCUAAUGUCCUUGUAAACAUGGUCCAACAUCGCUGAAACGAAACUGCAGACUACAGCAGCAGAACCUUGACUCCACAUGAAGCCGGCUUUUGUUUUCCUUCGAAAAGUCUCGCAAGAAACAUUGACCUGCAAUAUAUCAUUUUAGUUUUCUUUUUCAUGAAAUGUCAAAUGUCUUUAAAAAUGAACCUUGUUACAGUAUAAUUCAUUGUAGGUUCAGUAUCGUCGUAGAUUAAAAGAAAUCUUACAAGUGUUAAAUCACACAGGAAAAUACUCACCGGCUUCCGUACUACAAUAUACCCAAACAUUUGUUUCGAUAUCUCUAACGUCUUACGAAAUAUUGAGGAAGUAAUGACGUCGCAACUUGGACGACGGGCAUAUAUAGGCAGUCACGUAGUCAUAUUGGCGAGGAAAAGCGUACUGAUCAAAUAUUCCUUUCGAAAACACUACUGCGACUUUUAAAAAGGGAAUUUCGGCGACAGUGGUAGAAACUCAGCGCACGGUCAAUUCAAAGUCGAUGUAGUAAAAUAUCUUUUUCUGGGACUCUUUGAACUUCCCUCCUUUUAACGAAAGAGUACUAGAGUCGAAGUAGUGCACUUCAUGUGCACACAAAAUGUAUUUCACGAGGAAAAAAGCGUAUCAGUACCACCUCUCCCACUGCUGCAACAUUUAUUGAUGAAACUUUGAAGAAGAUAACAAUGAUACGUCGUACAGAUUGGUUGCAACUAGUUAGAAACCAGAUAAUUAUUCUGCACAUUAUUAUUGGAACUAGCUUUUUAUUUCGUAUUCCUCUUCGAAAAAUCAACAUUAUAAAGUUUUGUGUGUUGCUGGAAAUGAAUCGUCCACGUAUUAGCCACCUAUAAUUAUCACUUGAUAUUAACGGGCACAACUCUUUAGUGUUCACUUUGAGAAUUCAUAGCUAGACUAUAGUUGUUUUCACAAUGAAUGUUUAAUUCUAGCAGUGUGUGAGGUGCUGACCAAUUUUAAUAUAUUCGGAAGUUUGUUAUUUUAUUUACGGGUGUUAAACGCAAUCGGCCAGUGCGAGUGCAAUAUUAAAAACAUUGAUAUUAAAUCCUCGUCCUUUUUUCAAAGUAGCAAUGAAAGUACAAGUACGGCAUGCAUUUGCACCAGUCAGAGCUCACCACUUUUUGCUUUAUUGGACUUUGGUGUUCAAAUUGCAAGCAUUUCCAACCAUCAUUGUUCGUGUAAUAAAUUGCUGUUUCGCUGGAAACACGAAGGAGCAGUUGAAAUGCUUGCAAGUUUACUAAUCAUUAGUUUUUAACGUUUUCAUUAGACAUUGUCGUGCCUCACCUAUUCUUCCAGGCGUACUGUUGAGUGCUUGUUGCACACUCGCGGCUCAUAUCAUUAAACAUAGCAGCAACAUUGACGUUGUGGGAAUUUGUCUUACAAAUUAGUGUUUAUAAUUGGAAAAUCGAAGUGUCAAGGCAGGUUUUCCCGCUGGCGCUGAACCCAUCACUUCUCAUGCAUUUUUAUCACUUGCUGAUUACGAUGUUCACUGCAUGUAGUCUCUAAGCAAAAUGUGUUGCAGAUCUUUCAUUUAUUUUAUAUAACGAUGUUUUUUUUGUUAAGAAGUGGCCUAUUAUUUUUGAAGCAAUUCCGUUAACGAGGCAUAGAUGCUUUUACUCUUUGGCUGAGACAGCCAGGAACUUAACUGGAUCCUUGCCAAUAUGAUGGUUUAAGAAGCUCUCUCGAAGAGUUCUGUCUUGUUUGUGAGUGCACUGAUAGUCGUUGCUGGUCAGAACGAUGAAGAAGCUUGCAUUACCAAAAGGAGGUCUUCAUCCAGCCAUUUGUGCAUUUAUGUAUACAAAAAUGGGUUUGUACCACACCUUUGGUUUUCAGCGUCAACCAUUCCAGUGAUUCAUCGUAUUUAAGAUAUAUUUCCAUGAAGAAUAAGAGAGACAUUUGUAUUUGGAAUUUGACAGUUGUUGCAAUUGUGUUACUCGCUUGCACCACGCAACGUUUUUGUUUAUGGAUUUUUUUUUUCGAGGGGGGGGGGGGGGUGAAGAGGGGGGAGGUGGGCACAUCAGUUUAUCCACAGUUUGAUGCCUGCACCAUGUGGCGAUGACUCAAGCCCAGACGAUGAGUCUACACUCAAGUGUGGAGCUGGACAGUCACAUUCAGACUCUUCCCAUUCCAGCUCGUCCUCAGAACUUUCAUCCUCAUGCUCUUCUGACGAAGACAAACAGAAGCAGUCCCACCAAGAUCAAAACACAAAGGGCUGCAGAGAGAACUUUCACUGGAUUAAGAACUCUUCGAUACCUGUAACGAGAGAAACUGAAAACAGUUGUCUUUUACAAAGUAAGGAAGCGGAAAAUGAGGAGAACCACAGUUUCAGCUACAUCCAGAUAGAACCGUGUCGAGGUAUAAAGAAUGAAGAAAGUGAUUUUCGAAUCCUGGAAUCACCUGUACACAGAGGCAAGGACAUUUCGAGCACUCCAGACUUCAGUAGCAUGAAUGGUCCUACACACAAACCACCACUGCGGGGUUCAGCACAGAAACUGCUGCCCCCAUCAGCCUCCCCCUCCGAUAAAGGUGGCAGCCUUGACCGCCGACGCAAACGUUGUGAUCGAUCUACCCGUGAUUCUAAGUGCCGGUCAUCUGCAGCUCUCCGAUACCGAUCCCCCUCACCACAACAGCGUCUACCAACUUGCCACGGAUCUGUGCACCAUGGUUCUUGGUGUGACCUGUCAAGUUCACACUGCCACCUUCACAACAGCCACGGAUGUAGCUGUGCUCAUGGCAUGCCUACACCUCAGAUAUGCCCAUGCCGCAGUUUUUGUGCUUGUCAUCUGUGUUCUGGCAGUCAGCCUGAUCUGUAUGGAGCUGUCCAUGGGUGCUGGCAUGGUAGCCGGUCAACACUUACCAGCAAGCCCCCAGGAGAAGGAGAAGAGAGAAUUCGAAAACUGGAAGCAGACAAGGAGUCACUCCAGUUACAAGUGAGUGUUCUGACAGAGCAGAUAGAAGCCCAGGGUGACAAGAUAGCUGAUCUGGAGAAGACAUUGGAUGAGAAACGGAAGCAGUUGGAUAACAGCGAGAAUCUUUUACAAAGGGAAAUGUUGACAAGGUCAUCCCUGGAAACUCAGAAACUUGAAUUAAUGUCCACUAUAUCAGAUCUCAAGUUACAAAUGGCAGCUCUUGAACGAGAAAACAUAGAUUUACGAGAGCGACUAUCGGAAGAAAGGCGUCGAAACAAACCACCUCUUGCACCAAGGGCAGCUGCUCAUGCCACUUCCACACCCAUUGGUUCACCAGCAGCAAAUAUGCAGCAGAUACUAGUUGGGGCAUCACCUUCACCAAGUCCAGUUUCGUCCAUGUCAGAUGGCAGUCCACGUCGCAUAGGAAGUCAGUCAAAUAGCGGAGAAGACUACAAGGAUUUACCCCCUCCUCGAACACCACCAGCAAACUACCGACGCAAAGUGGAUCACUAUGGCAGCCUUCCACGGCAGCGAUCUCUUGGAGCUACUAUUGGAAGUUCUGGUGGUACCAGUGGGUCUGCUACUGCACCUGUUCCUCUCAGCCUCAGUUCUGUCACCAUGGAUGGUGUAGCCGCAAGGAAAGGCGUCGCCUUUGCUGAUGCUGAGAGGGUUGUAAUUGAGGAUUCACAUGUAGAAGAAGAAGAGGAAGAGGAAGAUGUAGGCUCAAGCUUGUCACCACAACAAAGUCCACUCCAGGCAACCAGAAACAAAGGAAUUAAAAAGAUAUUUGGCAGGAUGAAACGUAGUGGAUCAGGCAAUCUAGAGGACCUUCCAAUUCCAUCAUUGAUGACAGAUGGAGAGUUUCGGAGGGGAGGUGUGCGUGCUACUGCUGGUCCACGGCUUGGCUGGAACUCACAGCCACCUCCUCCACCAUUACCCGAUGGACCUUUUGCUCAAUGGGAUAGUGACUCCGUUGCCCGCUGGUUGACAGAAAUGGGCUUAGAAUGCUACGCUAUUGAGGCAAAGCGGUGGGUGAAGAGUGGUGCACAAUUGUUGGCUGCAUCACAGCAAGAGAUUGAAAAGGAGCUUGGAAUGAAGAACCCAUUGCACCGAAAAAAGUUGCUGUUGGCACUGGCUUCAGUAUCUGAGAGCCCUGCUGCUCGUGCUGAUCCCCUGCUGGCAGCAGCUGGGCAGCUAGACUCUGCAUGGGUUUUGCGGUGGUUGGAUGAUGCUGGUUUGCCUCAGCACAAAGAGGUAUUCUUAGCAGCAAGGGUGGAUGGCCGCGUGCUUCACCGGCUUGCUGAGCAAGAUCUUGCUUUGCUGCAUGUUACUUCUAGCCUUCAUGUCGCUAGUUUACGGAGAGGAAUUCAGGUUCUAAGAGAUCAUAACUUUGAGCCUGAUUGCCUCAAGAGAAGAUCAUUGCCAGAUGAAAGUAGUCAACCAACACCACAAGAAGUUGCCCUAUGGACAAAUCAUCGUGUUAUGGAGUGGUUACGUGCUGUUGAUUUGGCUGAAUAUGCCCCUAACUUACGUGGUUCAGGUGUCCAUGGUGGCCUAAUGGUCCAUGAGCCACGCUUCACAGCUGAACUGCUGGCGAGCUUACUGUCCAUUCCACCAAGUAAAACAUUGCUACGACGACACCUCAACACACAUUUCAAAGAACUUCUUGGGCGUGAUUGUAUACAAGAGAAGAGGGAAGCUGAGGCAACCCUUGGUUAUGUCCCACUUUCAGCUACAACCAAAGUUAAGCUUGCCAAAAAAAGCCAAUUCACUCUGAAACGCAAGAAGUCAAAAUCAGAACUUGACUUUGGAGAUUUGGUGUGCCCAAUGGAUUCUGCCAAGCAAGGUGAAGCAUCCCAUGGUGAUGGAGCUAUGAAAAUGAACGCACAACAAAAGGCCGGGGUUGUCUCUCAGGUCACUGAUGCUCAAGGCACAGUUCUGAUUCAACCUUCGAGAGACUCACCUCAAGGUGACCGAACAAGCAACGUAUGAAAUUGUAUGAGGAAGCUGAUGCUGUUUUCAUCAGAAUACUAUCCUACUUGACUGCUUCAGGAAUGUACAUUGUAUGGAGUGGAAACAACUGGUGAAUUUUAUCUAUUAUGUUGAAGAUAGUAUCAAUUGCUAGGAAGGAAAAAUAUUUCCACAUAUGUACAUUUCGCGUGUAAUUUCAUUACUGCCUUUUCUCACGCCCCCCUCCCCCAUUUUUUAAGUUCAUGGCCAUUAAACUUCAUUGCAGGACGAAACAUUAAGUGAGUUUUGAUGCAGAUUAAUUAAGUUUUUUAUAAUAUGAGUGCAUAUCACCAUUAUACUUGUGUUGGAAAUAGGUUAUUACAAUUAUAUAUAUUUUUGCACAAAAGUUUUCAAUUUUGUUAUUAUUAUUUGAAAUAGAAUUUUGGCAAUGUCAAGACUAUAACCAAGUACUUACAUAGCCCUAAGUUUCGUAAUUUUAUGAUUAUUUCUCAACAUACAAUAUUUUGCAAAAGAGAGAAGAGGAAACAGCACCUUUUUAUUCCUAACUCUCAUUAAUUAAAAACCAUAUUUUCAGCUCAUUGUAAAGUGUACUAACCCUAAAAAAAGGGCCAGUAUUAAUUGGUAUAUUUUAUAUUUUGUGAGAUUGUUAAAGAACCUCUUUUGUAAAAAUAUUACAGACACUUUAUGAAGCUACCUCAAGCUCAUUGUUAGACAGUUAUCGGUUUAAUGACAGAUUAAAUCAUGAAAGGUAUGCAGAAUAAAUAAAAAAAAUCUUGUGUGUACCUGCAUAUUGAAUUUUCUAGUCCUUUUGACCCUGAAGGAUUUUUGUACUUUUUUUCUAAAGGCAUUUUGUUGAAAGUAUGUAACAACAAUUUUGGCUCUGAAAAAUGUUUAUGCAAAAUAAUCCUGUAACAUAUUGUUUUUAAUUCUGGGACCAAUGUACUAGGUUUACUCAGGCUUCCUAUAGCAUGUGGAAGAAUGUGUCAAAUUCUUGUUGUAAGUACUAUGUACAGGUGGGAGUGUAAAAAGAAAAAAACUGAUGUCUUCCUUUUAUGUGCAUUAUUUCAUCAAACUGCACCUUUAUUAAUGUCAUGUUGAAUGUGUCUACUGUAUUUAGGCACUAUCAUGAUGUGUUGUUGUAAUAAGUCAUCAAUGCCGAGAAUAAUUUUAUUAUAUGUAUGUAUAUAUGUGUGUGGCCAUGAUUGAGGCUGAUGUUAAUUCACUUGUGUAUGUACUAUAGCUCUAAAAAAAUAAAUGACUAUCAGAUUGUGUAGACCACAAAUGGAAAAAGUUACUCUUAUAUCAGUGCAGCAAGCUGAAGAAGUGUCUCAUGUCAUAGUUGGAAAAAGGUACACCACGUGCUGCAAAUUUUCACUUAACUGCUUCUCUAAAAUACUUGUAUGGUAGUCCUUUCUUUGAUUGACACCCAUAAAAAAUUAAAGUAACACUUUGUAAAACCUUUCACACACAGAAAUAUGACAUAUAUUAUGUUUGAAAUAUGAUAUGAAGCUGUCAUGGUUAAGUGAUGUUGCUAGCAUGUGAAUGCCCUUUAAACCAGUGUGUUCUCUCUGUAUUUAAAUUACCUAUUUACACAGUUUGCUACUGAAUUUGUUCCUUAUGCUAACUACAGCAUCAUAUUUCUGGACUUUUGGAGUAUUUAACGGUUGUCUUGUUAUGCUCAACCAUUGCACACAGUGAUUCCCAUGAAUCGAGUUACAAUGUUGUUUAAUGUAUCAGUAUUAAGAGCUUUUACAAAAAGUCCAUUGGGUAAAAAUUAGUCAUUUUCUCCUCCUCAGUGUGUAACAGUUUCAUGAACCUUAAUAAUAACUACUAUUCACUGUGACAUGGACUGUACAUCAUCUUUUGGGUGUAGGAGACAGAUAUCAGUUUCCAGCCAUUUCUUCUACAGCUCACAUAAUCAGUAACCACAUUCUGGGGCUAUGGCCCCUGACAUUUAUCACAGUGUUCCAGACAGUCCCAUUAUUGUCAACAAGCUUCAAAAGGAAGUGCUUUGUGAGGCAGUCAAGACAUUUAGUGGCCCCAGCUAGUUCCUUGUGUCUUGCAGUCACUUAAUUUGGUAGGUCUGAAUAUCUUUAUCUCUGAAGAUAACAUUGAUAAUGAUAAAAGUUAUGCUCUUGGAUAAGACGACUGUGAAAAUGGCAAACCCUCAUUGUCCACCAACUUAGUGUAGCUAUCCUGUUGCAAAGCACAUCUCAUCUAUACCAAAUGACUAAUUAUUGCAAAAUUAAUAGUACCAUAGAAUAUCAAACAACCUCCAACUUCCUCUCUCUCUUCACUUUGUUCUGCUGGAAGGCUUCUUGAGGUUUAUUAUGAAUGAACACCAUGCAUCGGUCAUGUAUGGAAAAAUAUGUCAUUUUUAUGAACAGUUAUCACUGUCUCAGUCCUCCACACUCCAUUGUUGAGAAGAACCAAAACAUGUAAUGUAGAACAUUUUCCAUUGUCAGUAUACAUGAUCGAUAGUUCAUUGCAAUACACUUGUGAUAUCUGGAACAUACUUCACUAGAUGACUUGUAUCUCUGUAGUGAAUCACCCUCAAUUUGCCACAUCAAUAUUGUGCUCCAUAUCGCACAUGAUGAACGAAUCAGGCUUUGACUGUGAAUCUGUGUGAACACUACACAUGUACUCUCCCCAUUCCACACCAUAUAAAAGGGCUUAGGUUGCUAUUAACUCUGACAUGCCAAGUUCCUUUUUUUUCAUCAAAUGAGUUUAUGUAAUGUAUUAUUAAUCAAAUGUAGUAUAACUGAGCACUGUGAAAAAGAGUGGCAAAUACUAUUACGAGUAUGCCAAAGAUGGAUUUUUCAAGAGGAAGAUCACACAAAUUGGAAAAUAUGGUGGAAUUUCUGGUGCAACAGACUACUCCAAUGAGAUGACAAAAAGUUUAUUCCUGAUAAGUGCAGAGGAAGAGGGGGGAGAGGGAGUCCACCUUUGAUCUGUGGGCCAGUGAAUGUUAGAUGGAAGGACAUGUUAAAGUGGAUACAGUCUUAUAGAUCACAACUUAUUUCAGUCCAUCUCAGUACCAUGAGGCUAAUUAUUAAGGCUAGAACCUAAAAAAAGAGACAUAGAGAAAGAGAAGAAUAUUCUUUUCCACAAUUUCAAUCACUUGUCUUCAACCUGUGCUGCCUUUUGAUAAUGUGUAAGCCUGAUAUGCAUCAUGCAAAAUUUCUGCAGUACUCCAAAAUGCCAACUAACUUAGUAAUCGAUCAAGUAAAAUAAAACUUACAGAAUCAUCUGAUCAACAUCAGGUGAAACUCAGUAUGAGGGUGUAACAUCUCAUUUGCAAACUAGGAUGCUGUGUACUCCUUUUUGCGUGUAAUAAUGUUCAGUGGUUACAGUAAGAGUUCAGACAGUUCCUCUUUCCUGCUCAGCUUCUCUUAUUCGUUCAACUGCUUCCUCUUGUUAUUUUACUUUCAUUCACAAGACGGAGUUCCUUUUUUUGUUUUCUACAUCUUGCCUUAGGUCGCUUUCCCACAGGAUAAAAGCAAAUUUGGAACUCCUUUAAUAAUGGAUCUCUUGAUAUGGAAAUUUAAUGGCCAUGAGGUUUUGGAAACAUUUCAUUCUUAGUAUUUCAUCACAAAAAAUGAAGGAAAAUUUGGUGGGUUUUAAUAACAAGAUGUUGCCUCAUUGGCUACAGGGUCUGUCUUCUGUUGGUCCCAACAUUUUCUGGUCACAUAUUCUUCUUUGGUCACAUAUUCUUCUUUCAAUAACUGUACAUUGUAUGUGUGAAAAACGUCAAGUUGCACUGUGGUUCAUAGUUCUUGUUACACUAUAACUCCCUCUCUAACAGGUUAGGUAAGGUAGUUUGAAGGUCACAGAGGGCCCAGUAAAACAAUGUGAUGUUCAAAUCAAUCUUCGGGUUGAGGACAGCUCCUCUUUUUUGAAAAUACAAAGUAACAAAAAAUAAGAAUCCUUAUGUCUUAUAUUUAGUUCAGUUUUUCAGGAGUUCUUUGCUUUCAAAUGGCAGAACUUAAUUAUACCUUUUCAUUAACUAGACGAUAGUGAAAAUUUAUUUUUGUUGCAUCAUACUUCAUUAAUGCUUUGUCAUUUCUCUUUAUUCAUUACUGUACUUGCUGUUGCUGUAGUUUGUAUGUAUGUGGAAAAUACAGAUUGCCACUGUAUUUCUUUCUUCAUAGAAACUAUAGAUGAGUUGAUAUGUGUGGAAGACAAGUAUCAGUAUCAUUGGAUUGUAUGCAUCUUUAUCUUGUAAACAAGUCAUCUUGAUAACUAUAGAGUUGCUACAGUAAUCCACAAUUUCUCUGGCUGAUGGUGGAUGUAGUUCAUUACAAACUUUUCAUCGUUCAUUUUGUAAAUCAAUUUCAACAAAUAGAAACUAAAAAAAAAGAUAAUCACUAGCAUGCAGGUGAUGGUGGGUGGCACGAAGGCACACCUCAAUGAUAAGAAAAUAGCACUAGCUUGUGAGUUUUGGCUUUAACAGAAUUGUACUAAUACUAGAAAAAGACCUAAUAAGGGCAGCAAACUAGUACUAUUCUGGAUUUUAAGCAUGGCUGUGUACUGUCCACUAUUCACCAGCAGUGGUGGAGUGGUUAACUUUCUCACUUUUUGUUUUUUGACCUCAUCGUAGUUUCCGCACCAUAAAAUGUUUUCCAUAUCAUAUACAGAUACUGAUACGAAAUAACUCAGAUGUUGUCACUGGUGUAUAAACUGUUUCACUGUAGGCUACACGCUACUGCACAGUAAAAUAUUAAUUAUUAAAACAGAAAUUAUCACAAGAAACCAUUGCACAGCCUGAUGUUAGAUACUUUUUUUGUUAAUAAAUGUUAAGGCUCCACAAUAAAGAAAACAGAAGCAUACUUACAAAAAUGAAUCAUAUGUGGAUUUCAGAACAGGAAAAAGUAGAACACAUAUGGAAAAGAGACCACAGAGAAUGUAUGAUACAGAAAAAAAAGUUGUGUACAUGUAGUGGAAGAAUUUAAGUAGAUGACAAAGGUGAUUCUGAUUAAUUGCAUUAAACGAAAUAUAAUUUAAAUGUACACAGCUACAUCAUUAGUAGUCAGCUGAGACAGUGUAGCCUUGCAGUGGUGUGUGUGUGUGUGUGUGUGUGUGUGUGUGUGUGUGUGUGUGUGUGUGUGCGUGCGCGCGCGCGC